UUUCAGAUCAAAUAUGUUAAUUGGUUGAGGAGAAAAGAGCAAGUAGUACUGCAGUGGUAGUAAUUUCUUCAGAUCAAACAAUAUACUAUUAAACGCAGUAAAUAUGUAUUGGUUAAGUAACUGUUGUUUCACGGCCAAGGACUAUAUUAUCCCCGCCACCAAACAACCACCGGCAGCGGCGGAGCAUUUUGCCACGAUGGAAGAGAAGAGUCUCUCUUCCAACCCAGACUUGAAGUCAAUACUUCCAUAUUUGCCUCUGCAUCUCCGAUCAUCUUCCCUCUUCUGGCCACCCCAGGUUGUGGAAGCCCUUAAAGCUCUCUCUCAAGGACCUGGCCAAAGCAACGUCAACUCCGGUCAAUUACUCUCCCUUGCCAUUUCCGACAUCCGCAACUCACUCAACUAUUCUUCCAGAUCCAUUUCCACCUCCGCUCUCGAGGGCUACGCCCUCUUCUUCGACGACUUGAUGCCUAGGGAUGAAUCCGCAAGGUGGUUUGAGGUUACUCUUCCAAAGAUGGCUGCUUUGCUUCUAAAUCUGCCAUCCCUGUUGGAGUCCCAUUAUCAGGAGGCCCGCAAUUCCAGUGUUUUUGGAAACACCUGUCUCCGUUUGUUGGAAUCGCAGCAACCUGGGAUUGUGCUUCUUAGUCGGGAGUUGAUUGCUGCCCUGCUUUCCUGCUCAUUCUUAUCUCUGUUUCCUGCUGGUAAUAGAGGUGCCAAAUUUCUUCCAACCAUCAACUUUCACCAUUUAUUUGCGUGUCUAUAUGAGAAUUACGCGACGAAUCAGGAAAACAAAAUAAAGUGCAUCAUUCACUACUUUGAGAGGGUAUGCUCAUGCAUGCCUUUGGGCAAUGUCUCAUUUGAGAGGAAAGUUCUUCCUUUCGACCCGAAAGCUAAUGGCAUUUCUUAUCCCAAUUCCGAUUUGUGGAGCAAAUCUGCUGUGACGCUCUGCUCUUUUAAGGUGCGUAGUUUUGGGUUGAUUGAGGAUCAGUCAGGUGAAGCUUUGGAAGUUGACUUUGCAAAUGAGUAUUUAGGUGGUGGUGCUCUUCACCGGGGCUGUGUACAGGAGGAGAUCCGUUUUAUGAUUAAUCCAGAAUUGAUCACAGGCAUGCUUUUCUUGCCUGCUAUGGCAGACAAUGAAGCCAUUGAAAUUGUUGGUACUGAAAGGUUUUCCAGUUAUUCAGGAUAUGCUUCAACAUUCCGGUUUUGCGGUGACUAUGUUGACCGUAAGGAUGCUGAUUCCAUUGGGAGGCUAAAGACAAGAAUUAUUGCUGUAGACGCGCUAUGUCAUCCUGGAAGGAAACAAUACGGAUCUGAAUGCCUUCUCAGGGAGAUUAAUAAGGCAUUUUGUGGAUUUUCCUAUCAAAGCAAAGGUCAACAGUAUCAGGAACCGUUCAAGGAUAAUGAUCAUUUGGAAUCGGAGGUUGACUUUGGUGUCAAGAAGCUGAAUGAAAGAGUGAUUAAUCAUAGCAUGCCUCUUGCAGGCUUCUCAAGUUCAUCUCAAGUGACUGAGGGAGCUAUAAGCAAUGAGCUGACAGGUUGCCAUGAAACAAACAAUUGUCAGGCUUUACCAAAUCAAGAAAAAAUUGGGGUUGCCACAGGGAAUUGGGGUUGUGGUGCCUUUGGGGGAGACCCCGAAGUUAAAGCUAUGAUCCAGUGGCUGGCUGCUUCUCAGGCAUUAAGACCUUUCAUUUCAUACCACACAUUUGGUUCGGAAGCAAUGAAGGUGUUGGACCAGGUAUUUCACACCUAUUAAUGUUUGUGCGAAAUUUGUCCAUUUCUUAUUGCUGCUUCUGGCAAAUUGUACAUGAGGUGGAUCUGUUCUUUAGUAACUAAUCGAAGUAAAAUCUUUCUUGCGUAUUAGCUCUUUGAAUAGUAGCUCAAAUGAAGGGUUACCUUGUGAACACCUUUCUCAGGAUAUAAUGUUUGAAUCGUUGAUGCACCUAGAUCGUGUAACCCUUGUACUUACUGAUGUUUUGCCUUCUUACACCUCAAGGAACUUGCGUUGGUAGAAUAAACACUCCAUUCACCACUAAUAUAUUUACUUUUGCAAUGUUGUUGGCCUUACUCUUCAUAACAGCAAUUAUUUUGACAGAAGAAAUACCAAUUCAAAUUGAAUAUUUCUAAAUAAUGUUAUUUGCCUAUGCAAGGGUUAGGAUUAUAAAUCCAUUUUUUGAGUGAUAAUUUUUAUUUGCUUGAAAAGUCUCUUGUAUAUUGCCAAGUUGCAUACGUAUAUUUUUUUUUGAAUGUUUUUUUGUACAUUUGUAUGUGGCUUCACUCAUUGUUAGACUUUUGGAGCUAAAUAUGCCUGCUUCACUAUUUUUGUUUUUUGUUGAUUGCACUUCCUUGUCAUGUAGGCUUAUCAGGAAACUAUUUCCUUUUCUUCCUUUUUUUUUUUUGUGUGGGAAAAAUGUUCAUCUUCAGGCUUUCUUUGGUAAUGUUGAGCAGGUGACAGAAUGGAUCUUGUCCCACGAGUGGACGGUAGGAGAACUUUGGAAUAUGUUGGAGGAGUAUGGGAGGCAGAGAUUGAAUGGGGAGACCAGAUUUGGCUUCUUCCAUUGGCUACUUCCAUUUCUAAAUGGUGGAGAAAACAGUACCUAAACUUGCUUUAGAUUAUCUGUGCACUUGGUUUAGGACCACGACUUGCUUCGCAACCUAAAUAACUCUAUGUCAAGAUAUAUAUAUGUUUACUACUUUUCGUAAAGAACUUGUGGUGGUGAUGUCAUUAUAUUUAUAUAAUGUAGUGGUGAUUAGGGGUGUAUUCGAAGCUGAAUUAUCAAAUAAAGACGAGGACAGAAAUGACAUGAGCUUUUUCCUACAUGUUUCUUUAGUGUUAAAGUGACAUUGCAGAACAUAGUGUCGGCUAAACAAUCAAAACAAUAAACAAAAUGAUAACAAGAAUGACAGUUAGACUUCAGGAAUUUGAGACUUGGAAACAAUUAAGACAACAGUAAAAAUGAUGCAAAGAAGUAAGCAAGACUUCAAUCAAAUGUGAGGCAUUGAGAAAUCAGUUCAUUGGGCGUUUUAUGUUUCUCUAUUGUGACAAUUGACAAAAUCUCACAAAGCUCUUUUGUAAGCUCCAUUUAGAGAGCUCAGAUCUGCAUUCUGAUCAUAUGUUCAGUCCCGGCAUUCUGAAUCUCGAUUUCACAAUGACCAAGGAUCAAUACAGCUCAUCUCCUUCACCAUCAAAAUUCCUAUGGUCUAAAAUAGGCCGUUUUAUCCUCGCAAAUAUUUCGUCCAGGGAUUCAGAGGAGGAAACCUGCGAGUGUCUUGUACCUUGAACUUGCCGUAAUGGCAUGAACUUUUUCGCAUCAAUAUUGUUCUUGAAAUUGCGGAAGCCCAUCUUCACUGAUUGCCAAGUGGAUGCUCCAGAAGAUGGUUCAUCAUCCUGACUUUGCGAAUAUUCUUCGUCAGGUGAAGGCAAACCAGAUUCUCUAUUGAGAUUGAUUUCUUUCCCCCUUAUGGCUGUAUACUUCUUGCUCGAGUCAUGUCGUGCCCCUGGCUUCAAGCUGGAUGAAGUUUUCUCCUCAUAGGAGCCGGACACCUUAUCCAUGUAUAAUGACAUUGAUUAGUACCAUGCUCCAAAGAUCUUGUUUUGUGCAUGCCAAAAACAAUAAUGAUUGAAAGCGAAAAAUAAUUCAAGUUUACAAAUUGAUUCAGUUCUUUCCACUGUGAUGAAUUUUGCAUACCUUGUGGCUGGAGCCAGACUC